GGACUACAGAUCCCGGCGUGCACGGCGGCGGGCUUCAGCGGGGCCGGGCUUGGAAGUUAUCCUUCCCCGCCACCAUUCACCCCCCCCUCCUCCCAACUUGAGGGAAAGAGUAAGUCAGCGAGAGUGAGUGUGGGAGGAGGAGGAAGAAGAAGCAUUUCCCUGGUUGGUGGUACCCGUCACCUCUCCGGUGCGAAGCCUCCUCGGUCCCCUCCACAUCCCGCUGACAUGGAGCGCUGGAAGGGACGCGUGGCUCUGGUCACCGGGGCGUCGGUGGGGAUCGGUGCGGCCAUCGCCCGGGUGCUGGUUCAGCACGGCAUGACGGUGGUGGGCUGUGCCCGGAGUGUGGACAAAAUCGAGAAACUAGCUGCUGAAUGCAAGAGUGCUGACUAUGCAGGUACCUUAGUUGCACACAAGUGUGACCUCACCAAUGAGGAAGAGAUCCUUUCCAUGUUUUCUGCCAUCAAGUCACAGUACCAAGGUGUGGAUGUGUGCAUCAACAAUGCAGGCCUGGCCCAUCCUGAACCUUUGCUGUCGGGGAAGACUGACCUAUGGAGGAACAUGAUUAAUGUUAACGUGAUAGCAAUGUCUAUCUGCACCCGGGAGGCCUACCAGUCAAUGAAAAUGCGAAAUGUUGAUGAUGGACACAUUAUUAACAUAAAUAGUAUGAGUGGCCACCGAGUGAUCCCAUCCUCAGCAACCCAUUUCUACGCAGCUACAAAGUUUGCAGUUACUGCCCUGACUGAAGGGUUAAGACAAGAGCUUCGAGAAGCACAGACACACAUACGGGCCACGUCUGUAUCUCCAGGAUUGGUGGAAACAGAGUUUGCAUUUAGGCUUUAUAACAAUGAUCCAGAAAAAGCUGCAGCAACAUACGAGAACCUUGAGUGUCUGAAAGCAGAGGAUUUGGCCAGUGCUGUUGUUUACAUUUUGAGUGCACCUUCUCAUGUUCAGAUUGGAGACAUUCAGAUGAGACCUACUGAGCAGCGAACAUAGCAACCAAGGAAGGAGCAGCCAGGGAUGUCUAUGAGCAAAAUAGAUUACGGCACAAGACCUCUGCUGGACAGUUUUUUAAAAAAAACCGAUGUGAUACUAAGGGUUAUAUAACGUCCUAUUUCAUUUGGCGACUGGUAGAAUUCAUCUUUCAUUUUCUCCAAGGAAAUGUUUGCCUGUGCUGAGAAGUCUGCUGUAGGAGCAGAACAUAAUAGAAUUGUUUUAUUUUAAGGGAAACUUUAAUUUUAUUUUGUCUUUUGCUUCUGACUGUUGCCAAUCAUUUUAGUGCCAACUGUGGCAGUAAAGGUGCAAAAAAUGUAUGAAGGAUGAUUGUGCUGCAUAUAUAUGUGGAGAAAAUGAUUCUUGAUCACCUGUCUUUCUAUCUUAUUGGACAAUUGUUUCGUUAACCCAAGCUAACAGUUAUGUGACUGCUUAUGGUGUGCAUACCUGUUGGUCUCCACUCUGGUUUGCACUGAGAAUUCAUUGUACCGUUUGGUGAAAAUGUUAACAGUUUUGAAGGGAUUAUUUUACGGGGUAUAAUUGAUACCCGACUGUGAUAAGUAACCAGUCUCGUUGCUUGAUAGUGAUGCCAUUAAUUAAUUUUAAUGUUUUCAUUGCUGCUUCAGUAUGAAUUAGAAUAAUAUUAUGGACCAGGAAACAGUAGGUUUAUCUAGUUUUUUAUAUAUAAUUUUUUAAAAAGGAAAGGCCUAGUUCACAGAAUAAUAGGGCACUUAAUAUAAUCGAAAAUACCUUAAAUAUUUCUUUUUGUUGUCUUGAUCUUAAAUUCAGUUUUAAUUCCCACUAUUCAAACUUUUUUCUAAGUUUAUUCUAUUGAAAUGAAGCCUAUAUAUGAUCAUUGCACCUGGCUACUCACUGAACGACAUUCCUCCACUGUCUUGCAUAACAACCUUCACCGUUGUCUAAAACUAAAAGAUUUUUCUAGAGUUUUAAUGUGAUUGAAAUCUAGAACAACUGAACUAGAAUACUAUUGGUUGUUACCUAUUUGUAAUUCUUGAAUAUGACUGAAAAAUCCCUAAUGCUAGGUUUCUUUAUAACUUCAAUAAUGUUGUGAGAGUAAGAUCUGUACAACUAACAUGUUAAAGAUUGACUAUAUAAUUCAAUUUAUUAUAAUCAGUCCAAGACUUUGAACAAUGCUUUGCUUCUUCAAGAGUUGCAUAAAUUGUUGACUACUUAGUGAUGUUUGUAUUUUGCUGUCAGAUUACAGUAAAGUAGAUGUCUCUUUGAAGGUAGUGUCACCUGAGGAUAUAACACAAGAAGCAAAUAGAACAUAGAACUUGGAGCAGUACAGUACAGGAAAGAGUCCUUCAGCCCACAAUGUUGUGCCAAGCAUGGC